UUCAAGAAAAGAAUGUAACCGUCGUUUCGGGCUGUGUUUCUAUUUGACGCCAAGUGUGUUAAAAUAAUUUUAUUCUGGUUUUCACGGAACAGUUCAGUUUAUUAUCGUUGUGAGAAGUUUGCCGAUUAUUGCCGAAACUGAAAGUUUCGAAAAAAUGGCGAUGGAACUGUCUAUCGUCGCUCAGUUUGACGAAUUGCGAAGGUGCUCGGAUGUUCUCCGGGAUGGAACUGCCGAAAUAGAAUUUUUAAGGUUCGUGCAGCUACAGGAAGAAUGCCGAGUUCAGUGGCUGAAGGCCGUUCAGGAGGCGAAAAGGCUGCAACGAGAGCUCGACGCUGCUAUCCGUGGUAUGUCCGACUUGGAGACAAACAUUUUCCAUGCUCGUAAGCUGCUGGAGGAAGAAAGCAAAGCCAGGAAACAUGCGGAGCACGAACGGGAUGCGAUGGAAAAGAAAAUGUUCGCGGUUUGCGAUAUCCUCAAAAACGAACAAUUUAUCAAGGAUGAAACAAGAGAAAGACUAGCGUUUAUGAACGCUUAUUCCUAUAAGCGGAAAUCCACGCAUAAUCGAACCGACGAGAUGGGUAAUGACAUUAACUCCACUGGUUCCUUUCUAUCGGAUCUAUCGCUGACUCAGUCAGAGGACGACUUACUCGAUGUGAAGAUGUAUCGUAAUAGAUCCCGCCGUGAUCAUAGACCUUCGUACAAUGUUUCGGGUGCAGUUCACGCCGGACACAAGCGAACUAGGCUCAGUCAGGAUGCAUCGAAGAGGAAAAGUAUUAAUGAAAGCAAGAAAAUUAUAGAACUAGGUCCAAACGAAAAAAUAGUGGCCCACACAAAGGUUUCCGUGCCUCAGGACGAUGGACCUAUUUUGGCGGAAUCGAUCAUUCAAGCGAUGCCUUCGCAGCAGCCUCAAUUUGUCGAAUCGAUGUCCCAAGCAAAGACAGUCCCGAAAAAAGAUCCGGAGGCAAAGGAAAAUAUUUCACCGAAUCGCUUCAAAACACCAACGAAAACUGACUCCAAGUACUCGAAGAUGAACAUGUUUACACCGUCUGCUCCUCCAAUCGAAGAGAUGAACCAAAACUACAAUGGAAGUGCACUGCGGACUCCGACAAUGAAGCGAAGUGUUCUAAAACAACAUUCGUUCACUGGCAAGACGUUCCUCAAAUCCGAAACAUGUACUCAGUGCCAGCAAAGGAUUCGUUUCGGAUCAGUCGGAUUACGUUGUCGAGAGUGUAAGGCAGUCGUCCAUUCGGAUUGUCGGGAUCAGAUGAAAAUUGCUUGUAUUCCACAAAGUUCUGGAACGCCCACAAAUAAAAAUCAACAGGCACUGGGGAACUUAGCUGACUAUGCGCCAAACGUGGGUCCGAUGAUCCCCGCGCUGAUAGUCCACUGUGUUAACGAAAUAGAGAUGAGAGGCCUCACCGAAGUGGGUAUAUACCGAGUGCCUGGUUCUGAGCGCGAGGUUCGCACACUGAAGGAGAAAUUUCUGCGUGGCAAGACAGUCCCAAAUUUAAGCAAUAUGGAUAUAAAUGUACUUUGCGGGUGUGUGAAGGACUUUUUGCGUUCCCUGCGGGAGCCUCUCAUUCCGCUGGAUCUGUGGAAAGACUUCUCCAAUGCCGUACAAGCGAUUUCCUCCAGACAAAAGCAGCAGGAAUUGUUUGAAGCUAUCGCAAAAAUGCCUCAACCCAAUCGGGAUACUCUGGCCUACUUGAUACAACACUUCCAGAGGAUCGAUCAGUGCAAAGAAGUAAAAAUGCCGCUGGAGAACCUGGCACGAGUUUUCGCCCCGACCAUUGUUGGUUAUUCCAGUCCGGAUUUGGACGCGCACGCCACCUUCGCUGAGACCGUUAUUCAAUUCAAUGUCUUGGAGAGUUUGCUCAAUAUUCCAACUGAUUAUUGGUCCCAGUUUAUUGCUAUCGAAGAGCCUGCCCGGGAGGAUGACCAAAAGCGUUUCGCAACGCUAAAUACCAAGUCUUAUAUGGGGACACCGCUGCUGAAAAGUGGAAGGAAGGAACGCAAAUUUUACGCUACUCCACCAUAUCCCACAAAGAAGAAAUAAUAGCCGUUUUCAGUUAACUCUUUAUGUAAGAUACUUACCUCUAAAUAUUAGGUUUAUGUUUUUGUUUAUAAGCUGAGUUCCGUCUAUUAU